AUAAAUGAAGAAAAACAUAAAAAAAUUUAGAACCUAAUCAAAGAUUUCUGAUGAAUAGAAAAAAAAACUAUUGAGACUAGUUUGCUUUCUCGGAUUUAAAAUAAAAAAUGUAUAUUUUAUACUAAUGCUUUUUAGGCAGCAAAAUAAUUGAAUAUUAAAUAUGCUGCUGCUAAAACAUACAUAGUUUUUUACAGAAACAAUGUCAUGAGAUCUAAAAUUUCAAUUAAUUCUCAUUAAUAAUGUUAAGUAGCACCACUUUCAUUAAAAAAGUGUAAACUGACUAUUGUUUCAAAGAUAGGAGGAGAUAUAGUUGAACAACUUUAAUUUGAAUACCCCACAAUCAGUUAAGAAUGA